UGACGACUUUGCCGUACCUCACGUGAUGGCAGCCUUGGGCAAUACGACUGCGGGUUCAUCUUCUUCAACUUCAGCUACAGACGUUAGUAGAUUACCUUCAAUGGAUCGCCCCGAAGGUAACAAAAAGGCUAAGCGAAACCGAAACUCUAAGGCAGAUGACGUGGAGCCUCAAUUUAUUGCUAAUCAAACCGCGGGCAUUCGUAUCACUGAAAGAAUUGCUGAACAAGGCGAGAGGCAAACUACAGCUCUCGAGAAGAUGCUUGAGCUGGCUGUACUCAUGUCAGAUACCUCUAAGGUUGAUGAAAGAACCCGAGCAGGUCUAGAGGCUGCAAAAGAGAUGAUCAAUAGCAAGAACGAAGCUCAACGCGGUGUUUGAUUUAGAUCCGUCACAGUAGUUAUGUGUACUCUUGUUUCUUUAUUUCCAUAUCCUUCUUUGGUCGUUGUUGUUAUGAAAGAUCUUGCUGCGAAGAUCUUUGCAAGCGUGUUCAUUUUUUGUGUGUGCUGCGUUUAUCUCUUGUUUUCCUUUAUAGCUCGUGUUUAAAUUCAUAGUCAUUCGUUUAUCUCCUCAUUAUAGUUACCUAGUACAUAUUUCAAUACAAUUGUU